CAUUAUGUUAUAACAUCAUUUAAAAAUGUAAGUGGCAUCAACUUGUUUCGAAUCAGGGGUUUUAGCAUUAACAUCAUUGCCGUAUAAAUCACAUGCAAAUGGUGGUCUCAAAGUGUAAUUAUCCUGACACUCUCGGCCAAAUGGAAUCAAUUUAGAUAGUUCAAAUCCUAUAAUGGGAGAUAGGAAUUUAUGUGAUUCGGAUUCAGAUUCGGACAACAUCCUCAAAACAAAAAAUGCAGCUGGAUCCAACAGUCAAGAAACAUUUAAAACGUCUGUUUCCGUACAAUCUAUUGGUUCUAAUGCAAGUUCCGGCAUUCACAUAAAUAAAACAUCAAUUUUAAAAAAAUCUCCGGAAGUACAUCGUAGUUUAUUUAUAAAGCCAGAUCUAGGUUUGGAAUCAUUUAAAAAUAAUGAGGCAUUGUGUAGUUCGUUUGACAGUUGGGAUAUGUUAGACAAACCAGAUGGAAAUUGUGAAAUAAGCUCCUUUCAUUCAUACUCCAAAGAAUAUUCUCCAAAAGGAAAACAGAAAUUUGCUGGAAAUGAUAUUGACCUAAUAGAACCUUCAAGGAGAUUUUCAGAUUAUAGGAGAGAUAAACAACUGAAAUCCAAUCUAAGUGUCAGCAGUCUCUUUGAAAAUGAUAUCUGUGCGUUGGGGAGCAAAAGCACGCCUUAUCAUGAACAGCAGUUACUGGGAGUCAUAUGUAGAAUGAAAGCUGAAAAACAUCAACUUGAUAAAAAGCUAAUGGGCAUGAAAAUGCUGCAAACAAACCUACAGGAAGAGAAACAUGCUCUGAGACAACGAUGUAAAAAACUUCAGAUGGAUGUAAUUAAUCAUGAUGCAAUGGCUUUAAACAAAAACAUGUUUGAAGAUCUCUCUAAAAAAGCUAAUUCCUCUAAAGAAGAGAUUAAAAUGUUGCGAAAUCAGAUUAGUAAAUACCGUCAGACUAUGUGCGAACAACAAGAUUUCAUAUGUGAAAUGGUAGCCGAAAAAGACAAAAUUGUAGGAAAAGUCAACAAUUUAAAAGUGUGUCUAAGUACACUUAAUGAGUGGAAAAAUAGAACGUUUAAAGACAUGAAAAAAAUCAAGGAAAACAUCGAUAAAAUGUCAGAAAUGUAUACUGAUUUCAUUUCACAGUUGAAUAUUCAGAAAUCGGAGAAAUUAGCAUUAGAUACAAAACUUAAAAAGAAAGAAAAAUGUAUUAAAAAAUUAAAAGAAGAAAAAGAAUCUAUGUUAAAUGCUCAAACAGAACUGAAUAAUUCUUUACAACAGAAAAGCGAAGAAAACAACAUGAAGGAUGAAAUUAUUAAAGAAAAUAAUGAUGUUAUUUCGCAACUGAAAUCAGUAAAAUUUGAACUGGAACAAACGAUCUAUGCUGAAGCAUGUAGUAAAAGCGAAUUCGUAAACGAAACGAAAGGAAUAAUUUCCUCACUAAAGAAUCAAAUUAAAUUAGAUGAAGAUCGAUUCGAAUCAGAAAUAAAACAGCUACGACAAGAAACAGAGGAACUUAAUGAAGAGGUGGGUAAAGAGAGGGAAUUCAAAAACAUAAUGCUCGAUGCAUAUCAGUGGGUUGAGAAUGACUAUAAAACACUUUUAAAUUGUAUCACCGAAAUGCAACAUAUCGUUAGGACAUUGUGGACAAAUACUAGUCAUCCGCUACCGGCACACCAAUCGCCUACUAUAUCUGAAUGUUUCGGAUCAGAAAGUAUUCCGAAAUGAAAGAAAAAUAUAAAUCAUUUUAUCAUUCAUCAAGGCUAAAUCUCUUGAACUAUGUUUUGUUUUCAUAAACAAAUGAAAACAAAGAGUAAAAUUUCAGUUUUUCAUGAAAUUUUUCUCCGUAGUAACUAUACAUUGUGAACUGUGUUCAGUUCCGAGACAGAUACCAUUGAAAAUCAAAAUAAAGUGUGAUGAAAGUACU